UCGGCCGGGGCUCCUGGAGCUGCAGGAGCGUCUCUUUAAAGGGGCGAGGAGCCGCUUCGCCGGCCUGCCCGAAGCGCACCCUUUAGGACAGGGCUCUUCGUUCGUGCCGCGGCGGCGGGACGGGGCAGGGUCCCGGCCGCGGGUCGUGCCGGGCGUGCGGCGGGAGUCUCCCGGCUCCAUGUUCAUAUUUGGCGUUGGCCGCCGGUGCCCAGGAAUUUCCCGUCAUGCUCCCCGGGCGGCGGGCCCGUCACUGCGCUCCCGCGGGGCGGGGGGGCCGGGGCCGCUCGCUCGCUCCCUCGGGCCGCUCCCAUGCGCGCUGCGCCGCCGCCGCUGCUCCCCGCGCUCUGCCUGGCGCUGGCGGCCGCCGCAGGAGCCGCAGCUCUUGCCCCUGUUCUUUGCCUCUGGUUUUGUUGGUGAGGAUAUCACAGUGAUGUCUGCAUUCAACCUGCUGCAUUUGGUGACAAAGAGCCAGCCAGUGGCCCUGCGAGCCUGUGGGCUUCCCUCAGUUUUCCGUAAUGUGUAUCACCAGAGAUGUACUACUCCAGAAGUCUGUUCACAUGGUCCAAAAGAAAAGAAAAGGUCAUGUAGGGAUAAAAAGGACUGUAAGGUGGUCUUUUCCCAGGAGGAGCUGAGGAAGCGGCUGACACCCCUGCAGUACCAUGUCACUCAGGAGAAGGGGACUGAAAGUGCCUUUGAGGGGGAGUACACACACCAUAAAGCUCAAGGAAUAUACAAAUGUGUUGUUUGUGGAACUCCUUUAUUCAAGUCAGAAACAAAGUUUGACUCCAAUUCAGGUUGGCCUUCCUUUUAUGAUGUGAUCAGUCCUGAUGCAAUUGCUUUCAAUGAUGAUUUCUCCUAUGGGAUGCAUCGGAUUGAGAUAUCCUGCAGUCAGUGUGGUGCUCACCUGGGGCACAUUUUUGAUGAUGGACCUCGCCCAACUGGCAAACGGUACUGCACAAACUCUGCUUCAUUAUCUUUCAAGCCAGCAGACAAGAACAACGCUGGAGAAGGCAGCGUUAAUGCCAGUCCUGCCCAAACAGGCAAAGCUGAGCUGUAGGAUGAAGCAAAGCCUGCAGAAAACUGUGUUGAUCCCACACAGCUUACAAGGAAUGUUUUCUAGUUUUCAAGUUGCCUGCUUUCUUAUAUCCUAAGAAUGUUCAAAUAUAUGAAAGCAUUUUGCACCAUCCUUCUUCUCCCUCACCUUUUCAGAACUGAGGCCUUUCCUGCCAGUGCAUUUACUGUAUAAUUGGGUUGAAAAAUGUAUUGACUGAGUCCACAGGUUUUCUUUUUUUCUUCUUUUCUUUGAGAUUACUUUGGGGAAUCUUAAAAUUGAGAGGCUUUGACAUCAUUAGUUAUUAGUUUCUUCUUAAUACUGUGUUAUGCUAGGUUUACACACUAUUCCUUUUUUGCGUGGGAAAUGGAACUUGUGUUUAUCUCCAGUCUAUAGGAAACUUCUGGGCAUAAGAAAAUCCUGAAUUCCUACCACAUCUCUGCUUUGUUCUGACUUGUGAGGCAUGCAGCCUUUGGUCAUAUGUAUCCAACCAUCUCCCAGCAUCAGCCGCACCUUGCAAAAACUUGUAGUUAUGGCUGUUCCUUCCCAACCAAAAGAGAUGGAUGAGAUGUUAAAAGCAUCCUUUGGCUAAUUUACUGCCAAAAUUUCAAGGGUGUGGUUGAGAGGAUGUAAACAUUGUCUCAGCAUCUGUGUUUCCCCUUUGUUUGGUAUUUAAAUCAAGGUUUUAACUAUUAAGGCUCACUUUUGCAGGCUACUAAUGAGGCUUUGUCUGUUUGUGAGGCCUAUUCAAUAAGUGUAACGCAAAUCUGAAUUAAAGUUGAAAUCUGCAGGGGGUAAUUAUAUGGGCAAGUGCAGAGAUAAACUUGCAAAGUGAAGUAGAUGAAGGAUGACACUAGGCUCUUUAUCUUGUCGGUUGCUACAAGGAUUCAGAAACAUGACAGUUUCUGCUAGAGAGGAGUUUAGGAAUGAAUGCAGUAGAAAGAGGAGGACCCUCCUGACUAUCCAGUUUUAAAGAUUAGCUGGUCUGGAUGCAUAUUGCAUACAAAAUCCAGUCUUCAAUUUGUGCAAUGGAGAUGUAGUGACAUGAGUGACAGUGUUGGUGUAGGAAAUUAAUUCAAAAAAAGUCUGUUACUGUUCCAGAAAUUUUCAUGUAAUAAAAUUCACUGUCCCAUGAGAUGUUUUUCACAGCUGCUUUUCGAUUUUUUUGAAUAACACUUAAAAUUGUGCAUAAUACUGUUCUUUAAGCUAUACCACACAGUAUUUGCUGCCACUUUGCCUUUAAACACUGAGAGACUUAAUGAACACAGUAUUUACUUCUACUAGCAAACUUUGUGACUAACAUGUUUGGAUCCAAUUUUAUUUUUAGUAGGAACAAAGCAACCACUGAUUUUUAUGGAAGCAGGAUUGAGGUUUUUAUGUCAGUGAUAAUAAACAUAUUAUCUAAAGUUCAAACACCCUUCAGUUAAAAUGUAGCUACUGUGAAAGCAUAUGGAAUGGUCAUAAUUGCCUUUUUUUAGCAACAUUAGAAAGACAUGAAAAAACAUUAAAAAGGCAGCAUCUAUAAAAAUGUGGUACAUAAAUGU